GGCUUAGAGGCUGGAAAUUAGGCUGUCAGCGUUAAAACUGUGAUUAUCGAACACAAUUAUCUGUCGCAGCUGCGCAAGAAGUUUGACGUAGGCUGAGGCCACUAAAAAAAAGAGUUGAGUGGCUGAGGACUCCAAGAUUGCUUCGUGAUUGCCUCAAGAGCUCUCCUCUCUAUUCGGGCACAUCAACAUGACAUUCAUUUAGGGUGACACAAGUGACAGGAAGAUAGUACAAGCCUAUAGGCAUGCAAAACUCCUUUUAAUAGGCUCUGCUUGGAAUCAUAAAUACCUACUGCAAAAUGUCUGCCGAUUUCGCUGCCGUCAAGGAGGCCCUGGAUACCGGCAGCGCCACCGUUAUAGACGUGCGCAACCCUGGUGAACUCCAGGAGAAAGGCAAGCUCCCGAAAGCCGUCAAUGUUCCAAUGACGGAGCUGAAGGAGGCGAUGGAGCUCUCCCCCGAAGAAUUCCAGAACAAGUAUGGAUUCGUUCAGCCCAGUCAGUCCGACGCGCUCAUUGUGCACUGCAACCGUGGUGGCCGGGCGGCCAGGGCGGCUACCCAGCUUACAGAAAGUGGCUUCAGCAACGUUCGGCUGUACCAGGGCUCGUUCAACGACUGGGUCAGCAACGGCGGUCCCCUAGAGAAGUGAGCUAAGCCGGCACACACCGGAAACCAGGCCAGCCUAGAGACUAGACAAUAAGCGAUGAAUUUAUAUUAUAUGGACCAAUCGUCGCCGGGGCUGUGAUAACUGAUGUGGCUAUUAACAUUUGUAUCAGUAUUAUAUUACGGGGGAAACUAAUAUAUAUGAUGUUUGCGUAAUAUCAUGCAAUAAACGGGUAUUAACAUGUUUA